UCUCCCGGCAGGCUGUGCGGCUGCAGGCAGAGGACUGGCGGGAGCGUGCUCGAGAUGGCGUCUGCGGACGGCAUGGUUGAGGAAGCUGUUUCGGCGGUGCGGCGCACCAGCGGGAGCAGAGGAGCCGCCCUGAAUAGCCUCGUCAGCCGCUUGCCGCUCACGCCGUCGCUUUCCCCACGGAAAAGGACCACCAGCCAGUCGAAAACGGAACCGCCGCUGCUUCGGACUAGCAAGCGCACCAUCUACACGGCUGGGCGGCCGCCCUGGUACAACGAGACUGGCACUCCCUUCAAGGAGGCCUUUGUCAUCGGCUUGUGUGGUGGCAGUGCAUCUGGGAAGACUACAGUGGCCAACAAAAUCAUUGAAGCUCUAGAUGUGCCUUGGGUGGUGCUGCUCUCCAUGGAUAGCUUCUACAAGGUGCUGAACAAAGAACAGCAGGAGCAAGCUGCCUGUAAUGAAUACAACUUUGACCAUCCUGAUGCCUUUGAUUUUGACCUGCUCAUCAGUGUCCUACGGAAGCUGAAAGAGGGCAAGAGUGUUAAAGUUCCUGUUUACGAUUUUACCACGCAUAGCCGGCGCAAGGAGUGGAAAACUAUCUAUGGAGCCAAUGUAAUUGUGUUUGAAGGGAUCCUGUCAUUUGCCAAUAAGGAGCUUUUACAGCUCCUGGACAUGAAAGUUUUUGUGGAUACAGACUCGGAUAUCCGGCUGGUACGGCGGUUGAAGCGGGACAUCAUGGAACGUGGGCGGGAUGUGGCAGGUGUUAUCAAGCAGUACAGCAAAUUUGUGAAGCCAGCCUUUGAGCAGUACAUUGAGCCUACAAUGCAGGCAGCAGACAUUGUGGUGCCUCGAGGUGGAGAGAACUUUGUGGCUCUGGACUUGAUUGUUCAGCACGUUCAUAGCCAAUUGGAGAAGCGUGAAAUCACAGUCAGAGCAGCCUUGGCCUCUGCUCAUCAGGGACAGCCAUUGCCAACAACAUUAAGCGUCUUGGAGAGCACACCGCAGGUUCGGGGGAUGCACACCAUCAUCAGGAACAAGGACACCAGCAGGGAUGAAUUCAUAUUCUAUUCCAAGCGUCUCAUGCGGCUGCUGAUUGAACACGCCCUUUCCUUUCUACCACUUAAGCCAGUUAUUGUAGAGACACCGCAGGGGACAGUCUAUGAUGGAAAGAGGUUCCACAGGCAGCGGAUCACUGGAGUCUCCAUCCUGAGAGCAGGUGAGACCAUGGAACAGGCUCUUACAGCUGUCUGCAAAGACAUCCGCCUAGGAAAGAUUCUCAUCCAGACCAACCACGACACAGGGGAACCUGAGUUGCAUUAUCUCAGGCUGCCCAAGGAAAUCAGUGAAGACUACGUCAUCCUGAUGGAUAGCACCGUGUCUACAGGGGCUGCUGCCAUGAUGGCUAUUCGGGUGCUGCUGGAUCAUGACGUGCAAGAGGAUAGGAUCUUCUUACUCUCUCUGCUGAUGGCAGAGAUGGGGGUCCAUUCUGUGGCUUAUGCUUUUCCCCGCGUACGUAUCAUCACCACGGCUGUGGACAAGAGGGUCAAUGAGGAAUUCCACAUCAUCCCUGGCAUUGGUAACUUUGGAGACCGUUAUUUUGGCACCGAUGGCACCAUACCCUGGUAUGAGAAUGAUGACAUGGAUUGCUGAUCUAAUCCUGCUGGGCAAGGCCUUGUUUCUUGAUUAGUGGGUGUCUCUUCUUGGCUCAACUACAGGGAUAAUGCUAUUGCCCUGGCCCCUUCGUGUCGUAGCUACAAGCUCUACUAGUCUGCUCAGCAGUGGUACAGCACUUCCUGCUGUAAUACACCAGCUGGGAUGGAAACAUUGCUGCUGCUACCUUCCUGUUCACAGACCCCUUCAUAUUUAUUGGCAUUUAGUGGGGCCCUUACUUCACUGCUAGUAUUGUUUGCCCAUCCUCUCAGUGCUGAUUAGCUUCAGCAGCAUCUUGUCCCCUACCAAGGAUGCUGUAAGAGAGUAUAUCCCCGCAGAUCCAUUGGAGUAUUCUUCACUGGCCUGGUGAGCUACUGUGCCCUUUUGUAUAUGUUUCUUCACUGGCUGAGAUGCAAUGCAAGCAGGCUUCUGCACUUUGGCCUGGGCUUCCUCUCUGGAAUAAUUUGUGACUUACUGACUUAUUCAGGAUCCUGAAUAAGUGUGUGUAAAUUGCAGUUGUCCUCCCUAAUUUGUGACUGCACAAGCAUUUGGGACCAUAGUGUUGCAAUAAGGGACCUCAUGCUAGAGGCAAGUGCAUUAACCCUGAAAGUCACUACUGCUGGAAGCCAGAGCUACAUUUGCCUUCCACAAAGUGGCUAUUGGCCUAACAUUAGGCCCCCAACCUGCAUUCCCUUGUCCUGAUCUGUUUCUUAGUACUGUACUCGGCUGACUUUUUUUUUUAAUGCCAUAAUAAAGAUUUACAAUGCUGCUUGGUUAUAUCUCUUUGUA